AUGGUUUGGAAACGAUUUAUAUAUCCACGAUCAACCAUUAUUUCUCAACGAAACUGCAGUUCAUUCAUAUCAGCACCGACAGUAUUACUACCUUAUUUUUGCCGGCAAUCUCCUAUCCACUAUCAUUACCGGCCAUGUCGACGAUCAGUGUUACCUUUUUUGGAUUCAAUCCGAUAUGUGCACGAUACUUUAAAUAAAAAUCCGUCGACUUCAGCAGGUUUCACAGUUGCUAACGAAGAGAAAUUGCCAACCAAAGAGCACUUGUUUUAUGUGGAUUGGCUCACCGAUGUAUUGGUGCCAGGAUUUUUAAGCAAUCGAAAGGAGUUUUUGAAAUUUAUGAAGUUAUGUGCAAAGGAUAUUGUCUACGACGAUUCAAUUUUUAAUCAACACACCGAAGGCAUAGAGAAAUUUGUAAGAUGUAUUUCGCUUUCGAAGCUAUACUUUAAUGUAAUGCAAGCGACAAGCAAAUUUGAGAAACUGGGAUCAUGCAUCUAUGAAAACAGUGAUGUCGUUGUAGUUCUUUGGCGGAUGAUGGCGAUCAAAUUAUAUCAUCAACAAACAGAUACCGUUGAAGGAGCGCUAGAUAUUCAUCUUAAUAAGGAUGGAUAUAUUUACAAAAUUAAUAACCGCCCGAUAACUCGGAAUGAUCAUGAAGAUGCUUCUAUUCUAUCAAAACUAAAAGAAGCUGCGAAAAAUGAAAAUGGCGAAGCUUUAGCAACAACAGUACAAAUGCGAACGAUAUUGCGAUAUUUACUCCACCUUGCUGCUCCCUCCUCUACUUAUUUUUUAGUUUCACGUGCAUAUAGCACUGGAAAAGGUAACAGAGGACCGGAAAUGUUCCAGUUGGAACAUGUACGGAAAAGAAUAGAAAUGACGGCUCCUCGAUUCUUUCGGGAACAACCUGAUUAUACAUUUUAUAGGCCGGAUGUGGUGUACAGGGAUGAGAUUUUUCAGAUGACUAUUACGGGUCGAGAGAAACUCAUGGUAUAUUUCGGUUCUGUUAGUGUAAUAUGUCUAUUUUGUUUUCCUCACAUAGAGAUGGAGGUUUUGAAUAUUUUACCGAUCUCAGAAGAUGGAACAGUACGGUUGAGAUGGCGUAUAAAACAUGUCUCAUUGAUACAAGCCUUGUUGAAUCCCAUGAUGUUUAAAUAUGAAUACCGUAUCAAAAGGUUGAAAUGGUACGAUGGUCUCACAGUAUUUUACGUUGGUGAAGAUGGACUUGUAUAUCGAGUGGUUACACGUAAAACCAUUGACGACGAGCAAAAAAGUUCACAGGCAAAUCGACUUGCUGAUUUAGCACAAAAAGUUGGUGUACUACCAAAAGGUUCCACCGCAUUUGUAACCAACUGUAUGCGGAGUGACGCACUACUUGUCAGCAGAUCUAAAUAG